AUAUAACGAAAAUAGAACACACAAUUUGAAUUUGCAGGUUACUUGCCGAAGAGGCUAUAUGAUCUUGACACAUCCAAAUAUGGGAACAAGGAAGAGUUGAAAUCACUAGUUGCCGCAUUUAAACAGAAUGGAGUAAAGGCCGUAUCCGACAUCGUCAUCAACCACCGUAUGCCGGAGAGAUUCGACAGCAAUGGAAAUAGCAUAUUCGAAGGCGGCACCCCAGAUAGUCGUCUAGACUGGGGUGUGGCCGAAAUUUGCAGAGAUGAUCCUGAAUUUCACGGUAAAGGUAACCCUGACACAGGGAUUGGGUGGGGUCAGGUCCCAGACAUAGAUCACACAAGUACAAGAGUACAACAAGAACUCUCAGAUUGGAUGAACUGGCUCAAAACAGAAGUAGGAUUCUCAGGUUGGAGAUUUGACAUGGUUUUAGGAUAUGCACCAAAAUUCACCAAACUCUAUAUAGACAACACAAAACCAGAAUUUUCAGUUGGAGAAUUAUUUGAAAAAGUGACCUUGGGAAAUGACAACAAGCCCCUUGCAAACCAAGAUGCACACAGGGGCAAAUUGGUAAAUUGGGUGAAUGAGGUUGGAAGUGGUGUACUUACAUUUGACUUCACAACAAAGAUGAUUCUUGGUGCUGCUGUUGAAGGUGAGUUAUGGAGGUUGAAGGAUGGUAAUGGAAAACCACCAGGUAUGAUUGGAACAAAGCCUGAAAGUGCUGUGACAUUGGUGGAUAAUCAUGACACUGGCUCUCAGAAGACAUAUCCUUUUCCUGAGGAUAAGAUUAUGUUGGGUUAUGUUUACAUUCUCACUCAUCCUGGUCACCCUUCAAUUUUCUACCAUGACUAUUUUGAACGUCAGAGUGGUAUAAAGGAUAACAUAAAGAGUUUAUCAGACAUAAGAAAAAGGAAUGGAAUCACAGCAACAAGCUCAAUAAACAUUCUAGCAGCUCAAGCUGAUCUUUACAUGGCCAACAUUGCCAACAAAAUCAUUGUCAAGAUUGGACCAAAUGGGAAUCUUGGAAACCUUCUUCCAUCAAAUGCUCAAGUUGUUGCCAACGGACAAGACUAUGCUGUGUGGGAAUUAAAGUGAAAUGCACUUUAUACAGAUAUAUAUGCAUAUGUAUUUUUAUUACAUUUCUUGUAAAAAUAAAUUGAUGACUAGAAUAAUGACAUACAUGUCCAUUGUUGAUGUUCACAAAAUACAGAUGAAUGGAUAUCUAAAUUUAAAAUAUA